GUAACCUCGAUACAGUGACAGUUUAUUACAAUCAAUUCUUUGUGUUUGAAGAAGCAAAUUAUUACAAAACCAAAAUAACUGAGAAUUUUUAGUAGUUAAUUUAACUAACCAAGGACAUUAAAUAAAGAUAGACGGAGUUCUAAACAUCGUUUUACAAAAAGUGAAGCUUCUUACGUUCUAUUUUUCCAUCGUUUUACGCAAGACGUACCGUACCUACUUCAGUUUUUGCUCAAGAAAUUAAACCAACAAAAUGAGCUAUCCACCACCUUACGGACCCCCACCACCACCAUAUUACGGACCAGGAUGGCGUCCACCGCACCCUCCAAGCCAUUCUGGAACAGGACCUCAACAACCCAACUUAUCAGGAUCUACAUCACAGCACCAACCAGACUACGGUCAAGCAACUCACCAACCUUACCCUUAUGGAUACCCUUAUUAUGUGCCCGGAGCUGUUAUGAUGCCAUUCCCAGUAGGACCACCUCCAGAUCCAAGCAAUCCUACUUACAUAACCAACAUAAUCUACCAAGGAGAAACUUCCAACCCACCAUCUACCGAACAAGUCCAAAUAUCUGAAACUGACGGGGACUAUGAUUGGGUACCAACUACUUCCACUACAGCGAAUAAUUUGACAGGCAAAGCGGUGAUUGGAGGACAUGAAGGAUGGGAUGGGAGUCCCUUAUGGGUUAUCCGAGCUUGGCAUAACGGGGAUUUGUUACCAGGAAAGUUAUCAGUAAGGCAUAAUGCAGCGUCAGUAAUGUACAAUGGGAAGGAAAUACCUGUUCAGAAAAUUGAUGUUUUGUGCGCGAAGCCAGAAAGUUUGAGAUGGGUCCCAGCGUCGAAUGGAAGCGUACCUCCUGGUGCUAUUCCUGGUGGAAGAACUUCUACUGGAGAAACUCUAUACGUUGGAAGAGCAAGACAUCAGCUGUCGGUGACACCAGGAAAGAUCCACCCAAGUCACGGUUCUUGUUAUAUAGGUUUCGGCGGCGCAGAAGUCGCUCAUAAGAUGUACGACGUACUUUGCCGCGUAAGUUAAAUUGCUUCGGAAGUCCACAGAUAUGAACUCGUUAAGUUUACAAGUUUGUUAAGUGUUGGAAUAAGUUGUGAAGUUAUGUGUAGAUUCAAUAUGAUUUUAAUGGAUUUGUACUAGAAAUGUUUUAAAGACGUAUUAAGUUUGUUUAAAACAUUACGAGGUCUAGUAGUUAGUAGAUCUUGUCAGUUUGAGUUACAGUCUUUUCCUGAAAUUGGAAACUUGCAAGAUUGUUGCGACCAUUUU